AUGGAACCUCUUGUAAUUCAAGAGCAAAUUAUUGAAAAAGAGUCCACAAAACUCGUCUCAUCCCUCGAAAAAAGUAACCCAUAAACAGAAAAUUACGACAUGAUUGGGUCAAAUGGCGUUUUCGAAGUGAAGCCUUCAGUUCUCACAUUUGCAGGAUAUGAAAUCAAAAAAUGCCAAACAAAAAAACUGCUGAUCAAAAACAUCUCAGGCACCCCUCAACGCAUGAGCAUUUUACCUACAAACACUCCUUUUUUCAAGCCUAAAUACAAUAAACGAGGCCAGCUUGCUCCAGGGAUGUCAGAAGUUGUGUAUAUCCAGUUCACUCCUCCAGAAUGGAGAUAUUACUAUGACUGCAUACGAUUUUUAAGCCCAGGCGGGAAUUUAAAUAUUCCAAUCCAUUCUUAUCCCGUCAUGAACAAAAAAGAGCGAUAUUUGCCUGCACUUUUAGAUAUGGGGAAAUGCAACAUAGGGGAAACAAUUACCAAAAAAAUUGAUCUAGAAAGCACUGUUCCUGUAGCUUUUGAGUAUGAAUUGAGAUUUGUAGAAGAAAAUAACGAUUUUAGAAUAGACCCACUCAGCGGAGAUGUUCCAGGGCAGGAUAAAGCAGAAAUUACUAUCACUUAUGAACCAAAAGCAGCGUCAACGUCCACAUGUGAAGUGGAGCUUAGGCUAAGUGAGUUUGAUUAUCGGCCAAUUACGAUGAAACUUAUUGCUUCAGGGAUGCACAAACAAAUGGAAACCCCUAUGAUGUCACGAAUCGACUCAUCUCCUAUCAUAAAUAGAACACUUCUAAAAGGAAAUAAAGAAACCUCCUUUGAAAGAGCCCCUAAAAAACUGCCUGAAAUAGUCCCAAAACCAUCAAAAACUUUAACAAAGUUCGCACAAAUGCUAGUUAAGCCAAAACUUAUAGACAGAGUUAUAUAUGAACAGCAAUUUAAUACAGAAUAUCGCAAGCUUGAAGAAGGUGAUAGAGAAAAAGAAUUUAAAAUAUACCAAUGCAUAGGAAACCCUCAUCCCUCAGAAGAGUUGAUAAAAGAAAUAAUAGAUUUAAGAGCAGAAAAAGACUACAAUAAAAAUGAAGAAAUGAGGAAUAAAGACUGUAUGAGAAAUGCACACCAGGUAGAUCAAGAUAAGCCUAUUAAUGAUGUUAGCUUUACACCGCUUAAAAAACCGACCUGGGAUCCCUACCAAAAUGAUGAAUUCAGUUUAAGACAACUCCCUUUGCAUAGACUUGUAAGAGCUGCAAAUAAAGUAAUGGUGCAGCUUAGAGUUUCUAAAAGAAUUGAAAUGAUCAAAAAAGUAUUGACUGAGCAUAAGGUCAAUAAUAGAGAAGAUGCCAAAAAGUUUGUAGCUUGGGAUUGAAAAAGAGCAGAUUUAAUAGGAAUUGGGAAUAAGGAUUUUAUUCCAUUCGAGUUUACUAUUAGUCAAGAUGAAAUAAAAAAAUAUGAAUUUCCUACUGAGUAUGAAAGAGUAAUAAAUGGUGACGCAACGGAAACUGACUCUUAAGCGCACUCCCUAUGCAUAUGGGGCCUAACCUGAUGAGGCUGAAGCAGGGCCUCUGCUUCUUUUUAAUGGAAGCCUUAAGGUUUUUUGGAAACCUUGCCUACAGGGAAGUUUUAUUUCUCCACGAAGGUUUUCAUGUCCUUGCCAAUAGGCUAGACAGGUUUGCCCAUGAACUUCUCUAAGUGAGACCAUCAGGGCACUCACAGACAAAUGCUUUGCCCUAGGGAGCUACUCCCUUAAACAAGUUUGCAGGUCGGAAAUCCAAAAUGGCGACUGCUAGUUGGUUUGCCCUCUUAUGGCCAGCAUAAAUUUAAAUUAAUUUUUAACUGCUGAAUAUGAAGAACAUUUAGAUGAAUUUAAACAGAAAAUUGAUAUCGAGCCUUUAAGCGCUUUUGAGUCAAUUCAGCCUUUAAAGCUAAUCGAAACACAAGAUUUCUUGAUAGCUGGCUAUAAUGACUUUUUGCCCCCUCCUGUUAGCCACUAUAUCCCAAUAGAAAAAGAAAGAGAAUUCCGAGCUGGAGCUGAAGAAGAAUACUCUAUAUGUUUAGAAAGAGGCGAAUUUCGAGAUGAUCCAGUCCUUUCUGUGCCUAAUUCCUGUCUAAAACCUAUGGUAAUUGAUGCUGUUGGAUUAGUAAGGCCUCAUCCUACUUUAAGAACUUACCUUACCUUAUCAGCUUUAACUGAAACUUCUCCUGAAUUCAGCUUGCUACCUAAAGAAUUUCCAAGAGACUAUCCUGAAGAAUACCCAGGCUUUACCCAGCCUUCUCUAUCAUUUUUAGCUCAAAAAUGGAGACCAAAGUAUAACUAUUCAUCUCCGCAGUUGCCAGAAAAGCUUAAAGGGAUGAGACCUGCUGAAAUAUUGAGCGACUCAGACUCAGAAAGCGAAAAUACAUUUGCGAUGGAUGUACCUGUGCUUGAUCAGUACUUAGCAAGCUUUGAAAAUGACGAUGAAGCAUUAAAAGGAGAAAAAGUAAAUGCGAAAGAAAUAGCAAUGAAGACAUUGUGUGAAGAAAUUACUAAAGGGAGACAAAAAGAUUCAGCUUGGUUGCCAACUCAACUUGUGGCGGCAAAUAAACAGAUUUCUGAUCCAGAUCAUAAAGUUUCAAUUUUUAACUAA